AUGAGAGGAUAUAUUUAUGUCAAAUUUGCUGAACGUGAGAUUGUGCGUGACAUUAAGGAGAAGCUUGAUUACGUGGCUCUGGACUUCGAGCAAGAGAUGCAAACAGCAGCUUCCUCUUCCACCCUGGAGAAGAGCUACGAGCUUCCUGAUGGACAGGUCAUCACCAUCGGCAAUGAGAGGUUCCGCUGCCCCGAGGCGCUCUUCCAGCCUUCAUUCCUUGGAAUGGAGUCUGCUGGCAUCCAUGAGACAACCUACAACAGCAUCAUGAAGUGCGACGUGGACAUCCGUAAGGAUCUGUAUGCCAACACUGUGCUGUCCGGUGGCACCACAAUGUUCCCUGGCAUUGCUGACCGCAUGCAGAAGGAUUUUUUUUUUUUUUUUUACUAUUCCGCAAUAAACUUGAAUUAUUUUUGCGCAAUCCAUGUCUAA